AUGACCAGAAGAAUGAAAGAGCAAGUCGCCAAAAUGCUUUUUAACAAGCUCCUCAUGGACAUUGGUGGAUUUGAGUUGUUGAAAUUUGUGUCUUCUGAGUUUUUGGAAACUUCUAUCGAUGCCAUGUUAACACUAAAGGAACAAGAAAAACACAACUUAGUAUUAGCACUGUCGAAGUGCUUCAAGAAAUUGGAAGACAACAGCACAAGGUUACCCACUUGUAGAAUGCCUUUUGGUCUCAUAGACUAUAACAUUCGCUUCUUUGCUGCAGAAAACUCUCAAAUGCUAGGCCAAGAGGAACACUACACAGCUUGGUUGGAGACCAUGUUUUCUCAGUUUGGCCACAAAUGGUAUAGUUUGUUCCGGGGCCCUAUGUGGCAAUAUGACGAGGUCGAGGAGCCAAGGGAUUUAAUAGCUGACGCCCUUACGACCAGUGACAUAAGUCUAGACACAGAAUGCCAACAAGACAACCAUCAAGAUGACAUUACAGAGGUCCUUGACCAGUUUACAAGUUUCCAGCUUGAUUCUCAGGCCCCAGAAAGUGAUACCCAGGAGCCUACCUCCGAGCACCUUAUACAAGUAGAAGAUAGCCCAGAUUCAGCUGCUAUAGAACACACCUCUGAAGUACCACAUCAGCGGGUCUCCACAUUGUGGACUCACUUAUCCCCAUCACAGGAAGCUGAGAUUUCAGAGGGUUUUGUGUCACCUGAGAAAAUGGAAACGUAUCAUCGCAUACAACCUGUGAAAAAGAAGAAACCAGUGUGUUCUGGCUUAUAUAAUCCAUUGAAGAGUAAAGUGAACGUGGCCUGCACAGGGUUGAGAACAAUACAAAAGCACAUCCAAACGCAUGGCUUUACAAAAGAGGUUACGAUACAGAUGAAUGUCCUAAAGGCUGCUCAGGAAAGCAAUUCGAAAGGCAGGUGGUGGAUAAAGGCUGAUGCCUGUGAUAUUCGGGAAGGCCUUAGAGAGUCGAUGCGUAAUGUCUGGGCUGGGGAUGAAGAUUUGGGGGAUGGUGCAGUACAAAAGCUGUACGCAGAGUACAGAGCCAGAUGUGCUGAAGUUAAAUCAUUGAAAAGUUCCACCAUUUGUAGAAUGUUAACAUGUUUGAAGUUAGACCUGGAAUUCCUUUUGACUGGGGAGCGAGAAGCAAAGUUAGCAUACGAGAAAGCAUUAAGCGCUACCCGUAUGGCACAGAAUAUGCUGAUGGAGCUAGCGUGGGAUACCAUUGGUUACGAAGAGCUCAUUAAAACCAGCAAAUGCCUAAUAGAUGAGUUGACAUCAUUGCACAAUUCCCCUGAGAGUACAACAUCAGCAAAGGGUUUACAGUCUCUGCAAAUACGUCUCCUGAAGUAUCUAAAGGACUUGUAUUCAAAGAAACGCUCUGCUGCCAGCCAUCUUUUAGUAUUUAUGAUAUCUGAUGAACUCAGGAACUGUAAGCCAUAUGCUGUACCUGUACAGUUUCUCAGCUACAAAAGCAUCACAGAUGCGCAAACCAGAGACCUUGCCAAGCAGUUGGAAGAUGCUAUGACACAAAUGGGGAUGAUCGUAGUAGAUAUUAGGUGGAUAUAUGAUGACAUGAGAGCUGGAACACAUACUUUCCACACUGCUGCAUUGAGGCUACGCAAAAAGCUGUUUCCUGACAACUAUGAACCACACCAUUGGGUUACAGGCCGAGAAGAGACAACCACUGAAGUGCUGAGGUCAUUGUUAGCCAUCUACAUUUACAGAAAAGCUGUUUAUGAUCUUAAGAGCUCUUUGAAUGAUCCAGCUGACUUCACAAAGUUCCUUUACCAACCAGAGAGAAAUGAGAAGACAAGUGAGCUCAUACAUCACAGAGAGGACCAUAAUCACUUGCUCAAAAGAAUUACCAACUGCCUCAGAGAAGGGAACAUUCCAGGUGUAAACUUGAUACAUCUCCGUGAUGCCCUACAUGACCCCACAACUGGCCUAACGUAUGAAGCAUUGACUGGAAUAAAUAAACAGUCUGUCCCAGACUGUGAACGCAUGGUAUMACGAGGUGUUCUUGCAUUCCUUGAGCGUAUGGGCCAUAAUAAUAGUGCAACAGUUCUACGAACCAUUCAUAAUUGGCACAAGGCUGUAGAUGGACGAGGACUGUCUGAAAAUGUUCGUUCCAGAUACAUUUUAGAGAUGAAGCAUUGGAUACUAGACGACUGGAUGCCCUGGCACAGAGUUAAUCCGGACUACUCAAUUAUUGAUGUCAAUAGACCAAUUAAAGGCAUUUGUGGCCUGACACGUGAACUGAUUGUUGGCCUUGUGGCAAAUUUAGAAAGUAGAGAGUUACGAAGAACAGAAUAUGUAUGGAGAGGUCUUCCACCAGAACACCCAAGAGCAUGUUCAACUGAUGAUGUUGAAGGGUUCUUUGCUCUUCUUCAUGAGCUUCUUGGCCCAAUAUUUGACCUGAAGCAGUUUUUUGAUCAGCUGCCUAAGAUUGUUAAUGAGUUUGCCAAGAGGGUAAAUCCAGACUUGCCGUUUUAUUACUGGACUGGACACAAUGCCAGGUACAGAGAUAUUGCUUUGCCAUCGUUCAAUGCCCCUAGUGGUCAAGGAGUUGUUGAGCGCCUCGAUAGGGUUAGUGUUUCAAGAAGGGGUGACCCCGGAGUUUUUGUGGCCAACAGAGCCUCCCUUCCUCAGAGGGGCAAACUUACAGUACGAGCGACCUUCCAUAGAGCACCUGUUGCACUCCCACCACCACAGUUCACGCCGGGCACGAACGCACGCCAAAUGACCCAGUUCGAUCGUUUUUUCAAGUAUGAGGCUUUUUCGCGCGAUUUUUCACCUUUAAAAUAUAGCUUUGAUAACUGUCAAUCAGUGUCUGUUAUCAAGAUGAAACGAUUUAGUGUUGGGACGUUUAUGCGUGAGAAGAAGGCCAAGAGGGCGAAGUUAAUUAGUACCAACGAAAAAAUACAAGAGCUUGACGAGGAGAUAGCAAAUGCACAGGAAAGUCUGGAGAAGAAAAGACAAGAUCUUGAGGAGAGGAAGAGAGAAGUUAGAGCUAAAGAAGAACAGCUAAGGCGGUUGGAUUUAAAGGUAAGCGAAGGUUUUGUUUACAUUGUCGGAGCGCGGGUCUACAGCACUACAGAUCGAGUCAGAUUUUGA